AUGACGUUGUAUUUUUCAUUUAAGCGUCACUUCCAUCUUGCUGCAGUGGAGUCACCAACAGAGGAGUCAACAAUUAUUAACACACUGCGCACCCAUUUGGCAAAAGACUGGUUGUUGAAGGAGACACCUCGUGACCUCAGUUGUUUCCGCGUACGCUUUAUUUGUUCAUUCUCGAUCUCUCGUCUCUUUUCAAUUACCCACAUUUACCUCCGUUGUCACCACAUCCGUGUCUGA